CGUGACGUCACAUCUAUACAGUUCACAUUUUACACAAAAUUUAUAAAAUCUUACAAUAUUGUUGGAUUUCUAUCGAUAUAAAAGAUACAUAGACACUUUAUAACGGAAUAUAGGAAUAUAUCCAGUCUUUGCAUACUGGUCUGCAUAUGUAAAUAGACGUCGAUUUUCAUAAUAGGACAGCGAGCGCGAGCUAGUAAUUUGACAAUUUUUGACAAAAUUGAAAAAAUUGGAAUUUUUGACUUGAGUUGCCAGGAACAGUCUGAGUCUAACUAAUCUAGUGAACACCCUCUCUCAUCAAUCAAGAUGAUGGCCACACAGAGACAACGCCGGUGUCGAGAGUACACUGGUCCAACACCUCAUUCAGUGGCAAUCAGAGAAAGACCAACAAACAAAAGACCACCAGAGUACAACAUCUUAGAAAGACGCAAGAAAGAACAAGCCAUUGAGGAAGCUGAAUCUAUGACCAAGUAUCAAAAUCUAUGUGAUUUAAAAAAUGACUGGGAAAAAUGGACAGAUAAGAAAAUACAAUUGAAUACUGUUAAACGAAGGGUUAAAACUCUUAUGCAAGCUGAGGAAUUUAGCAUUGAAGAUAGGAGAGAAAGGUUGCGUUCAAUGCUGGCUGAUGAGGAGCAGAGAUACAUUGAAGAGAUGGAUGCCAAAGAGGAGACAACCAUAGAGAGACAGGCAAAGAUGAGAGAGAAGGCAAAGUCUCUAAGGGAAAAGAGAGAACUUGAAAGAUUGCAAUUUGUUGAUAAAAUGUUGGAUAAACAAUGGAGGGAUCAAUGUGAAGAAUUGCGUUCCACCCUGACUAAGCGUCACCAAGAUGAAGUGUGUGCUGAACGUAUGGAGCAAUUGAGGCUGAAGGCAAUCAUGGAUGAUGAGGCUCAACAGGAGGAGAAAAUGUAUGCAGACCUCUGGGAGCAGGACAGACUCAAUAAGGCAGCUAGGGAAGAGAAGGAAGCUGUGGAGAAACAUAAGAGAGAUAUGGAAACGUUGGACACACUGCGUAUGCAGAUGGCUGCACUUGAGGCACAGAAAGCUGAGGAAAAGAAACUUAAAGAAGAGGAGGCGCAGUUAUUGAAAGAGCAAGCUGCCUUGAGGAAGCUAGAAGAGCAGAAGGCUGCUGAAGAGAAGCGUCGUCGCCAAAAGGAAACGCAUGACAUGCUUGAUCAGUCACUGAGAAUGAAGGCCAAGAAACAAGCCAAGGAGCAGCAGGAGCAACUGGCAUUUGAUAUGAAGAUGCUGGAGCAGCUCCUGGAAGAGACAAGGAACGAAGCACUGGAGAAUGAACAGAGAAAGAGAGAACUCCGUGAAGAGGACAGACGUUAUCGUGAAUACUUACACCAACUCAUGGAGGAAGAAAAAGCAAGAGAAAAGGAAAUGGAGAAAAUGAUUGAUGCAGAAGUGGAGAAAAUGUGGCAGAAGCGACUUAAACAACGUCGUUUGGAGCGUGAGGCCAGAAAGAGGCUGUUGGAGGAUGUUCUUGCAGGACGAAAACAGCAACUUGAGGCUAAAAUGAUGGAGAAUGAAAAGAAGAAAUUAGUUGCCCAGAAAGAACGUCAAGAGCUGCUAGAUAUCAUUGAAACAAACAAGCGUAUUGAACGUGAGCAACAAGAGAAAAUGCGACAGAAGAACCUACGUCACCAGGAUGACCUCAUUGGUCAAAUGGACUACAAUAAUCGCCAGGAACAACUCCGCCUCUUGGAGGAAAGACAAGAGCAUCUUCUGUCCCAAGAUGCUGAGGUUGAAUAUCAAAGAAAACUCAAAGACGCCCUAGAUAGACCAUUUAUUGAUAAAGUCCAUCCUGUUCGUAGGCGACAAAUGAAUAGCCCUAUUAUUUAAAUAAUGCAAGUUUAUAAAGUACAGUGCAACUCAAAAUUAACAACUUAGAAAUCAUCUGUUAAUUCUGAAGUGUACUGUAUUAUUACUUUAAUUCUUUGUUUUGUGGAUGAAUUCAUUUGCCAUUGAACAAUUCUGUUCAUUUAUAUCGGGACAUUCCUUUGAAAUGAAAAACUCACCUGAUUCCAAAGACAAAGCAAUGUGAUCACCGUUCCUUCCUUAUAGAUUACAAGGUAGUGUACAAGGACUGUAUACUAUAGUGUUGAAUGGAAUCUUCAGUUUUUGUGAAGGUGCAGCUAGCUAAAGGAGAAAUGUGUUAGAGACAAGAUCAACAAAAAUCAAUCUUCUAUGCCUGGGUCUCCCUUUAUAACUGAUUAGCUGAUAUGCCAGUUAAACUACUCAUCACUUCAUGCCAAAU